CCACCCCGGUCUAGCUCCUGGCAGACAACCAUUCACAUCAGGAACGCUGUCAUUGCAAUGGCCACCCCAGUUGGCAGUCUGUGUGGAGAGGGAAAAGCCUGAAUAGACCAUGGAGAUUGGAUUCCCCUUUCAUCAGUACAGACGCUCCCUCCUGAUCAGCUUGUUGGAGGAAGCUCUCGCAGCUGCCUGCUAGCCACACGACCUGUGCAUAGACCAGACUUGUCUCUCUCCAGAAUUGUCAGCUGGGCCCCCUUCCCCAGUCCUGAAAUAAACAGGAAAACGACCCAGUUGCAGGGGGUGGAGUACGGAAGCGAUUUCAAGCUCUUGCUGUCACUGAGCCUGAGGUCAAGGGAAAAAUUGGAACAGUGUCUUGCCAGCACAUGGGAGGUGGUUUGCUGCCCCUCCCACACAACUGCUUGCAUUGCAAUGUCUGGUCUUGUGUUUUCUCAACAGAAUAGCGCAGUCAGAUGGCAAAGGUUGCUAAGUGUGUGAUUCCCUGUGUAUACCAUAGAACAGGGUAAGAGUAGAGAGGAAAUCUGAGGCAGAGAGAGUGAGAGUUUUACGGAGUUUUCCUCAUUCCACCCAUGGAGAGGAAGCAGCAGUCAGAGAAGGCAAAGCCAUCUGGCUGGCUAAGGCCAGUGGCCUUGAGGAAGCUCACAGGCAGAUACUUAGCUCACCAAGAGGGCCUGCCGCAUCUGCCGGUGCCGCCUCUUCAGCAGACCCUGGAUCGCUAUCUGUUGGCUCUGCAGCCCAUCAUCAGCGAGGAGGAAUGGACCCACACCAAGGGGCUGGUGGAUGAGUUCCGGAAACCAGGUGGCGUUGGGGAAAGGCUUCAGAAGGGCCUGGAGAGGAGAGCCAGGAAAACUGAGAACUGGCUCUCUGACUGGUGGCUGAAGACGGCUUACCUCGAAUACCGCCUGCCAGUUGUGGUUCACUCCAGCCCUGGCGUGGUUUUACCUAAACAGGAUUUUGUGGAUCAGCAAGGCCAGCUCAGGUUUGCUGCCAAGCUGAUCGAGGGCAUCCUGGAUUUCAAGACCAUGAUUGACAAUGAGACCUUGCCAGUGGAAUACCUGGGUGGGAAACCUCUUUGCAUGAACCAGUACUACCAGAUCUUCUCAUCCUGUCGCAUCCCAGGCUCAAAGCACGACUCCGUUGUGAACUACGCCAAAGGAAAAAAGCCGCCCUCGCACAUCACUGUGGUUCACAACUUCCAGUUCUUUGAGCUGGAUGUUUACAGCAGCGAUGGGAGCCCCCUCACCACUGAUCAGAUCUUCAUUCAGCUGGAGAAGAUCUGGAACACCUCCCUCCAAACAAACAAGGAGCCAAUUGGGAUCCUCACUACCAACCACCGAAACAGCUGGGCCAAGGCCUACAACCACCUCAUCAAAGACAAAACCAACAAGGAGUCAGUGCGUUCAAUCGAGAAGAGCAUUUUCACCGUCUGCCUGGAUUCACCCAUUCCCCGAGUGUCUGACGACAUCUACAAGAGCCGGAUGGCAGCUCAGAUGCUGCACGGUGGAGGCAGUCGCUGGAACAGUGGGAACCGAUGGUUUGACAAAACCCUUCAGUUUAUCGUUGCUGAGGACGGCUCCUGUGGCCUGGUGUAUGAGCACGCUCCCUCGGAGGGCCCGCCCAUCGUUGCCCUUCUGGAUCACAUCGUGGAGUACACGAAGAAACCAGAGCUGGUGAGAUCACCCAUGAUUCCUCUGCCAAUGCCCAAGAAGCUACGGUUUAACAUCACCCCAGAAAUCAAGAAUGACAUAGAGAAGGCGAAGCAGAACCUCAACAUAAUGGUGCAAGAUCUGGACAUCAAGGUGAUGGUCUUUCACCACUUUGGAAAAAACUUCCCCAAAUUGGAGAAGAUAAGUCCAGAUGCGUUUAUUCAGAUGGCCCUGCAGCUGGCUUAUUAUAGGAUGUAUGGCCAGGUCUGUGCUACAUAUGAGAGUGCCUCACUGAGGAUGUUCCGCCUGGGUCGGACAGACACUAUCCGCUCUGCCUCCGUGGACUCUCUGAAGUUUGUGCAGGCAAUGGACAACCCUAGCAAGCAGAACCAGGAGAAGGUGGAACUGCUGAGGAGAGCUGCGCAGGCACACAGAGCUUACACAGAUAUGGCAAUAAGGGGGAAUGCAAUAGACCGUCAUCUGCUAGGCAUGAAGCUUCAGGCCAUUGAGGAUCUAGUGAGCAUGCCGGAACUGUUCAUGGAUACAGCCUAUGCCGUUGCCAUGCACUUCAACCUCUCAACCAGCCAGGUCCCAGCAAAGACAGAUUGUGUGAUGUGCUUUGGUCCAGUGGUUCCAGAUGGCUAUGGAGUCUGCUAUAACCCCAUGGAUGACCACAUCAACUUUGCAAUGUCGGCGUACAACAGCUGUGCCGAAACCAAUGCAGCCCGCCUGGCACAUUACCUGGAGAAGGCGCUACUGGACAUGCGUCUCCUGCUCCAAUCCACUCCCAAAUCAAAAUUGUAAAAAAUGAACUUGCUUCACAGCUCCUAAGCUUUAGGAGCUGUUCAAUGUGCACAAGAAGCUCCCAGCUCUCCAAAAACUGGGCAACAGGAGAUGGGCUCCAUUAGGAAUCUAGAAGAGUACAUGGCACACAUCUCUCUGCAGAGAAGUUAAGGAGUGGUAAUCUCCAGCUAUCAGACCACAAAGUGAAAGGAAGCGUUGCCUUAUUCCAAGCUAGAACUGACAGAGAUCUUUCCCACAAUGUGCAAAGUGCACCCUUCUUCCCUUGAAGAGAUGCUGGAGCAACAUCUUUUUGAUUGAAUUUACAGUGGAAAGAACAUAGAAAGCACAUUCACCCCAUCCUUCACUCUUCAGCCACUAGGUGGAGUAUUCUCCUGGCUGAGUAGGUCUGGGGCCACUUGGAUCUUCCUGCUGUCUCAGGCUUUUUAGGGUUGGAAAUAUCUCUUUUGGGCUAUGCUAUGCCUCCUGAAGUGAUGUCAUCAGUGCCAUUGAACUUUGGGGUGGGGGGAUAAAUGCCAUAAAUUGGAGGAAAUCCAGUGUUGUUAGGAUGCAUUGUGCUGCUUUUCUAGAAGUGUCUUCCUAACAUAACCUUGCUAGGGGACUGGUCUUUGUGCACUUUCUACAGUUAGGAAUGUUCCCUUUCCCAUCCUUCUAACACCUGGGUCUUCCCUUUUUCUGCACUUUCUCCGCUAACUGUGAAACACCAUUGCUACCGUUGGACUCACUUCCCCUACUCUGGCCUUUUUUUGUGUGUUUUAAACAUAAAGUGAUGGAUUGCUGGCAGGUCUCCAUCUCAGAGCUUCAGGCUCUUCAAGUGGAGCCUCUUUGGCUUUCUUGUGUUGCUUCUACUAAAUUGAUGCAUUUUAAUUGAUUUCUUAAAAAAUGUGCAGGCUCUGCUGGCCUUGACUUUAUGCACUUAAAUAUUCUGUAGUGGGGAGGGAUGAUAUAGACCUUGAUGUUGUUUGCAGAACCUGUUCUCUUCAUUCUGCCCCUUCUCUUUCAAAUGGGGAAAAAAGGACGGGAACCAUGUUGACCUUUAUUACUUGCAAACUGAAAUAUCAUGCACUGCUUUCUAUGCUGCAUUUAUUUUAGUCUAAGGAGAAGGUGCUUAAGUAACUUAACGAGCCCUUCUAAUCAAGUUUCCAAAAAUGCCUCCGGACUGCAUCGGUGAUGUAUGUUGGAAUUGAAGGGAAACAAAGGCUGCAGAAUGACACUUCUCCCCUGCCAAGAUUGUGGUAGUAAAGAAAGCACAGGAGUCUACUCUAGGCUGUAUAGACUAUGUCAGUUCAUUGCCCCCAACAACAUCCUUUUCCAUAGGAAUCUGACAGCACUUCUUCAGCAGAACCUGGUUUCUUCUUGCCUUAAUAUUGUUUAUACCCCUGGUGAUUUAUAAUUUUGCUCUUUCGUGGAAUAUAGUUAUGUCUGUGCUGGUUUGAUUGAACCUUGAGAAAGGAAGGAAUUAUAUAUUUAUAAAUGUGCAAUUUAAAAAAUAUUGUGACACAAGAAGAAAGGAAUAUAAAACCACCAAUGUCUUUCCUAGGGCUGCAUGUGAAACCAUAGAUCUACUGCCAUUAGACAAGUGGGUGCGUUGUUUGCUCCCACCGAUGCUAUUCCUGCAGUGGAAUAAUGGUAGUUCUGCAAGCCCAGGCGUAUGGGUACUGAACCAAGGAAUAGCUUGAGUUUGUAGUCUGUUUUAUCACAUGAACACUUGUCCAUAUCACAAAGCCACCCAACCAGUAGGGUCAUUGCUGCUCUUCUGGUGUUGGGCCUUGAGAGCAUUCACAAUCAAGGUGCCUUGGUAGAGGGGUGUGACCAAUUUGAAGUACAUUCAUCCUACUAUUAUUGAAAACCUCUCUUUAUGAGCACUUAGUCACCCCAUCUAAUUUUUUUUUAUUGAUGCAAACCUGCUCUGUUUUAAAUUCAAAUUCCACCCCCCAACUAAAUAAUACGGGGAAAGUUUUACUGAAACUCACCUGUACAGCUAAUGAUUGUCCAAACCGCCAUUAAAAAAUUUAAGUUUAAAAAAUAUUAUAAAUGGAAUGAGAUGGUUAGAAAGCAAUGGGAGCAUGAAACACAAAGCUCUGAGCACAAACACACCUGCUCUAGCUAUCUGAUUUUUCCACAAUGAAUGAGACUGAAAGUUACAAGAGGCCACCCAAAAUCUUAAUCACUAUUAAUAUUUAUUAUAUGUAAUGAGUACUUCCAUAACCAUUUAAGAGACUGCAACCUUCUGGAAUGAAUUGGAAUGGAUAAGGUCUUGCUGGGAUUUAAAAAACCACUACUUUUUAUGGAGGCUUUUAUUCUGGAAGAGAUUCCUUUACUCAGAGACAAAGUAAACUUUUUUUCCCCUCCCUGUAUGUAAUAAGUCAAUAUAAUGCCUGCUGAUAACUGAGGUUACCCUACUGUGGUCUGUGGCCAGGGGGCCAAAGACCAAGUGCCUUCAACCACGGUAUCGCUACAUAUUGGCAUGUCUUCUUAUUACAAGGCUAAUUUGAGAAACUAAGAAUUCUCUCUUUCCCCCCUUCAAUAAGAGAGACAAUCAUUCAAAGGCGAGUGCCCACUGAAAAGGAUGAGAUGGAAGUGCACUCUGCUAAUAAUGGAAAACACAGGGGAUGGGUCUGAUUUUAUUCUUAAGUCAGAUCUAAAGCUGGAGAUUGCAUUGGCUUCAGUGGCAUUUCUCCAGCUGUGGAGCUGAGGUCUUUACGUGCCAUACAUAGGGAAACACAAAAGAUCCAGCUUGUGCAUUCUCUCUUCAGAAUUAACAGGGGAGCUGCUAUAUUACAUUACAACUGUUUACAGGGUUUUCUCUUUUAAAAGUGUUUUUUCUCUUGCUGUGACCGGUUAUUGUGAGUGCCAGAUUUGUUUGUUUACUCUUUAUUAGCUGGUCACUUGCCCAAGAAGUGUCCAUGAUCUUAAAGGCUAUGUAAAAGUUAUGAAGAAACUACUGAUUUACUGAAUAAUUAGGGAAAUAUGUAGAUUUAUAAUGUACAACUAAACUCUUGGAGCAGAGGUGUGGUUGAUAGCACAGCCAGUGAUUUUGCAUGCUCUGCCAGUUAAAUGCAUUAAAUGUUUUUUUUGAUAAUGUAAUCAGUGUCCUGCAAGGAUUGGUGAUGUUCUUCCAACAUAAAUAAUGAAAGUAUAAAUGUUGCCAGCAGGGUUGAUUCUAUGCAGAAAAUGCCCUAGGUGUAAGUUUGAUGAUGAUCUUUACCUAAGGAUGUUCAUUGAGAGUCACAGACCAAUAGGUCGCAUAGGAAUUUAUCAUCUUCCAUGGUAAGGGAGAAGAGCAAGAGAUCAGGUACUUAGAAAGCAAGGAUUAGUUCUCUCAGGGCAGUCAUCUAUCUUCCUUGCUCCUUUUCAAUCCACCUAGCUAAAGGCAAGAGGCUAUGUACCGACAAGUUGUCAGCUUCUAGCUGAAGUUUCUCUUAUCGCCUAGGCUGCUCAACUUGGCCAAGAAUGUACAAGGGCCCUUUCUAGGCAUUUACUGCUAUGUCAAACAAUGUGCAGUGCUCUCAGGGAUGGAAAAAGAAAGCAGACCGAAACCCAGUCUACAUUUAAAUCUUACAUCAAUAUAGCUACAGCAUACAGGCCUAUGAAAAAUCCACACCAAUGAGAACCGUAGCUAUGGUGACUUAACACCUUCUGUAGACGCAGCUAGAAAAAUGGAAGAAUGUGCCUAUCAGUCAUUUAGGUGGAGUUCCUAUAGCAAUCAGAAAAAAUCCUUCCCUUGCUGUAGUCUGAAUCUAUGCUAGAGUUGCAGCACCACAGCUAUGGUGCCAUAACAGCCAUAGUAUAAAUAGCCAGAGAAAGCAGAUGGCAGGAACUGUGCUAGAGAAGUAUACGGCUCUCUCCCUAAUCGCAGGUUGCAGAGCACUGGCUUGAUGGUUCUAUGAAGUUGUAGGGUUUAAUGCACUGUAGACAAACACUGCCAUAGCCACACAGUAUGUUAAUCAUUAGAAAAUAAAGUAAACGUAGUUUUUAAGGUGACUUUUCCACUUCUCUAGGAUGACAGGCUCUCUGGAAGAGCUGAGGGAUGUGUUAAUUAAAUUUGAAGCAAUUUACAUUUUUUGCCUCAUCUUUGGGAAAAUGACUCAACUGCCCGCCCCCCCCCCCACACCACUUUAAAAAAAAAAAAAGUGAGGGAGAAGAAUGGUGGUAAAUCUUAUUUACUUGGUGGUUAGAAGAUAAAGAACCAAUUAGUACUGCAUUCCAUGCUGGUACACUACCCUAUUAUCUAGCUAACUUAGAUCCUUGCACUUCCUUUCCCCUCUCUCUCACCUCCCUGCGGCCUAUUUUAAUGAAAUGGUUAUGGGCCUGAGCUAAUGCCUAUUAAAGUCACAGCCCACAGCUCAAAAAGAGAGGGAGAUUAGCCCAACCAAAGUGCUUUUAUGAGAAAUAAGAGAGUGCUAUUGUUUUAUGUGCAAAUGCACUAGAAAUCUCAGUGUGGAGAAUUCAUAUUAGAUCACUCCAAUGAGUGCUCAGUUAGAGAAAUUUAUUGUAAUAGACUAAAAUUCCCCUAAUCCUUAGUUUAAAAAAAAUAAAACCUGCUGCUACAGAGAAAGAUAUUCAGUUUAGAACAAGUAUGUGUUAAAAGGUUUUCAUUCUUAAUCACAUUAAAAGGACACUCUUCCUGGGCCAAAUUCUGGGAUUGAGAUAGACCAGGUUCUAUAGCAACCAAUUCAUAACAUUCACACUCACACACACAUAUAUCAUGGCAAGAGGAGUAGAUGAAAUCUUUAAAAUGCUGUUUUCAAAUUAAGGUGGCAGAAAAAUACAGAGAUGAUCAGAUAUGAGCAAAAUCACAUCUUGCAUCAGUACAUACCAAUGAGUUUUCUGUGAAGCCUCAGUAGCUUUUUUAAUGGAAGCUAGUAAAACAUGCAAUAAGACAUAGAUGGGUAUGCAUAGUCACUAUCCCUCUGUACAGGUGAUGGUAUCAGACAGAUGCUAAUGUCCUCCUCUUUGACACAGCUUGGUAGCUGUACUUGCUCUGGCCUUCCCUGUUAUAAAACUUCAAGCCAAUUGUACCGUGAAUCUCUCCACCUUGUUGCUGAACUUCAUUGUAAUGUCUUGAUUACAGGCUAAAAAGUGCAAUGGAACAGUCUUUGCACAGCCAUGAAGUACAUUCAGGAUGCACUGCUGACUCACUGUUAAUAUAGUCUUCUUAAAAUAUUUAUCAGCCUAUUGCAGAGGAUCCAAGUACUGGCAGGGUUGAAGAGGCUGUCAGAUAUCCUAUCACAGGGAAAUGGUACCCAAGCAUCUAGCAGCAGAACUUACUGUCCAGAACUCCACACUAAGGAAGUUCAUCACUUGAAAAAACAGUCAAAAUGAAAAAGGAAGGAGAAAUUAAAGUCCUUACAGUAUAAGGGCAAGAUCCCUUAGGAGUUAUGCAUUCCAGGGAGCAGCUGCAGACUUUAGCAAUAGUCUUGACUACUGCAGAAUCCAAAACAAAUCAGCAUGACCCAUGGAAAUGUUUGCCAGGGUUAAAACGUACUGCCUCGUUUCAGCAGUAACCUGUGUUUGAAUCUAACUGGGCUGUCCAAAAGUAAUUCAUGCAGUGCUAAAGCCAGGCAUCAGCACUCAUCAACUUUUUAUAAAAAUAAAAAGUUUACUGAUGGCUGAAAAGCUCAAUGGGAAGAUUCAUUAUCAGAAAGAGGGUUUAGGGCAGAGACUGAUCAUAUAAACUUUUAAUAUCAGUAAAAGCUUUUUUUAAAAAUGACUUUGGGGUAAUCCUUAAAAGCAUGAGGUUGUGCCUUAACUAGCAGUUAUUUCAACUUAAUAGUGGUGUCCUUAAUCAAUAACAGAGUCUGGCUUAAGUUCAGCAACAGAAACUGUAGAGGUCCCAGCAGCUCUGGGAUCAUAAAAGUACAAAAGGAGGAGGGAGUGGAGGGAUAGUUGUAAUGUGUAUAUCAAGUUACUGACACCGAAAAAGAAGAGGGCCCGGGUAAAACCACCUGGCUAAAUACACAACAGGAGCAGCAGUG